AUGGGAGAUCUUUCUAAAAAUGAAGGUACCUCCAUCAUGCACCUCCCAGAUGAUUGCCUUGCUGUUAUUUUCCAUGGUUUAGAUAGUCGCAUGGAUCGCAAUUCAUUUGGCUUGACCUGCCGGCGAUGGCUCCAUGUUCAAGAUUUCAAUCGUCGGUCCCUGCAAUUUGAGUUGCUGCGGCGAUUUCAACAUUUAGAAUCUUUAUCCCUAUCUAAUUGCACAGACUUGCAUGAUUCAGGAUUGACGCGUUUGCUAAUCUAUGGUUCAUAUCUGCAAAAACUUAAUAUGGACUGUUGUUCUAAUGUCACUGAUUAUGGCCUUUCGCUGGUUGCUUCUGGUUGUCCCUCCUUGAUGUCAAUUAGUCUCCAUCGGUGCCUCGGUAUUACUGAUAAAGGAUUAGAAACUUUAGCCAGUGCUUGCUUAUCUAUGAAAUAUGUCAACCUCUCCAACUGCUCACAAAUAUCUGACAAAGGGUUGAAAGCUCUUACACACUGGUGUCGGCAGCUUCAGGCAAUUAACAUAUCAAACUGUGAGGGCAUAAGUGGUGUUGGAUUUGAAGGGUGUUCAAAAACUCUAGCUUAUGUUGAGGCUGAGUCUUGUAAGCUAAAGCCAGAAGGGGUAUUGGGAAUUGUUAGUGGUGGAGGAAUACAGUAUCUAGAUGUUUCUUGUUUGAGUUUGUCUCUUUUGAAAGAUCCUUUAUUUGGAAUAGGCUUUGCCUCAUGCCUCAAAAUCCUUGACAUGAGGCUGUGUAGAACUGUUUCUGAUACUUCUGUUGUGGCAAUUGCCAAGGGAUGUCCACUACUUGAAGAAUGGAACUUGGCCUUAUGUCAUGAGGUGAGGCUACCUGGAUGGAGAGCUGUGGGGUCAUACUGUCAGAAUUUGAAGACACUGCACGUUAAUCGAUGCCGCAAUCUCUGUGAUGAUGGCUUGCAAGCUUUGAGGGAAGGGUGUAAAAAUCUCUCCAUUCUGUACCUGAAUGGCUGUGGUCGCUUGACUUCUGUUGCCAUAGAGUUGUUCAAGUUUCACAGAACUAGUGUUUGCAUAAAGGAAAUAGAGAUACUUUGUAUAAAGCCUUACUGGGAAUUCAGUUGA